CCGCCAUUGACCGCCUAAAUUUUGGGAUCUUAGAUCUGUAUCCGUCCCUGCGAAUCGUAACCUCUGCUUCAGGAAAGGGACAAGACUUGCACGGCCAAGCCGACAACCACCGUCCAGUGCCAAUUCUCACCGAAUUCCUUCGUCUCCACAUCCCAUAGCCGUCAAAAUGUCCGCGACGGCCUCCCAAACCCCCAAACUCCCCGUCACGGUCGACAAGCCGACGCCCUACACCUUCGACCUGGGCCUGCUGCUCGCCAACGACCCGAACCCGCUCUCGCUGCCCGCCACGAACGACCGCGCAGCCCUCGAGAGCCACCUCGCCGCGAUCGCGCGCGACGGCGCGCAAGUGCUGAUCAACCAGCUGCUGACGACGUGCGCGAUCAGCUCGACGCCGCAGGGGGUGCUGCUGUCGCUGCCGCCGCCGCAGACGGCGCUGCCGCGGGAGAAGCCGGUGCCGACGCCCAAGCCGGAGACCAAAUGGUCGGCGUUCGCCAAGCGGCGCGGGAUCAAGCCCAAGACGCGCGAGCAGCGGCGCAACCUGCAGUACAACGAGGCGACGGGCGAGUGGGAGCGGCGGUGGGGGUACAAGGGCGCGAACAAGGCCGGCCAGGACGAGCCGAUCGUGGAGCUGGACCCGCGCAAGGAGGCGGAGCGCAAGGAGGGCACCAGCGUCCGCGGCGACAAGCGGCGCGAGAUCCGGGAGCGGAUCAAGAGGAACGAGCGGCGGAUGCGCAGGAAUCAACGGCGAGCGGAGGGGAGGAAGUAAUAUUUUCCUGUUUUUUCUUUCUUUCUUUUGUGCAUACGGUGAUUCCGACAGGAAAGGGCGGAGAAGGUGAUGCGGGUGGCUCAUCUGGUUUGCAUUUAACGGGCGUUUAUUCGUGUCAAUGGUUUUAUAGGCGUCAAGGAACUUCGGGGAAAGGGAAGGAACAAGGGAAGGGACAGAACAUCCUCUACCUCCUCUCAUGCUCGUUUAGGGAGUUGUCUCGGCAAAAUCAACCGGCGGACCAAACUACAACCAUUGCAGCGGAUUGCUGAUGUUUCGAGAAAGAUUCAACCUGUCACCAGGACAGCCAU